CGGCUACCGAUCAUCGGCAGCGUUUGGGCUGUGGUGCUGCUCUGUCUUCCGAUUUGGUAUAUCACCACCAAGGUCCACCGGGCUCCUCUGCCGUUCAGCCAAAUCAGAACAUGGUCCGACAUCGAUGUAGGUGCAUGUUCCUUCCCUUCGUAUCAGUCCUCAGCGGUCAAUGAUCGUGACCACGACGAGAUGCGAGCCAUCAAGUUUGCACCCGAGUACCAGAUCACGUUCAGUCUUCUGAAUAGCGAGCCCGCUGACUGGACUUUUAGCUGGGAUAUCCGUGGUGCCGUCAAUGAAUAUAUUGCACCAUUCCUGGAUCAGCUGGAAGGCAUCUCAAAGUUCAAAGUGGGCUCGCAGAUUCAGAAUUAUGCUCCGCUCUCGGUGACUCCCCGCCGGCGAGUGCUUCCGGAAUCUGGCACAGCAAUCCAUGUCCUGCCAACAGAUGUGCUCCCGAGUUUCGUCAACUCGGCCGAAUGGAACUUGGCUUCGGCAGUCUCGUCCAAUCCGCCGCUCAAUUUUCUUCUGUAUAUUCCCUCGCACUCCUCAAGUCCCUUGUAUCUGCUCGACUCGAAAGAACACAUCGUUGGGACCAAUGCCUUCCUGAUCCCGCAGUGGGGUGGUGUCGCCAUCGAGAACCCCGCUAUUGCUCUGGGAGAGCAUAGGCACUUUCGGUCCUGGGAGCUCCAGCCCAUCAUGGAGAUAUUCCUGGGGCAGCUUCGUGGACUCCUGGGCAUCAAAGCCACGCGACUGGGGCGACGGCUCCGGACCGUUCCAUUCGACUUUGAGAUCACCGUGGAAUCGUCUCCAUCCAAGGGCAUCACUCAGUGGGAACUUGCGCGACUGAUUCGGAAGAGAACGGCUCAGAACCUGCUCGACGCGAUUGCGACGCUCAACUCAUUGGCGACGCUCAUCAGCGACAUGGAGAACAUGGUCGUGCUGGACGAGAUUCGCACCAAGGUUGUGGGGUCACUCGAGGCCCUCGAUCAGGGUUACCAGGCGCUGGCUCGCGGCGACAUCGAUGCAGCCUCCCAGCACGCAACCACCGCAAUCGUGCUAUCCGAGAGCGCCUUCUUUGAUCCAACCAUGGUGUCGCUGCUCUACUUCCCCGAUGAACACAAGUUUGCCGUCUACAUGCCGCUGUUUGUGCCGAUCUCGGUGCCUCUCCUCUCGGCACUACUUCAGUACUGGAGAGAGCGCAGGAAGCAGCGACAGGAGAAGGAAAGCGUUGGCAAAACCAAGAAGGACAGCUAGCAGCGCUGGCCCGAGGCAGCAACCGCUCAUCGAUGCAAUUCAAACUCAUGACCCUGCGAAGCAACCGACGGCUGCAGGACCCAAAUUGGACUGUGGAUCGCCGCUAGGUCAGCCUUGUCGGCACAGCGCCCACAGCUGACAGGACUCAUCGGGUGCAGCAGGCCGCUUUGCUUAGAGCCGUGUUCGCAUAUUUCUGGCCUCCGAAUACAAUUAUGCCGACCGGUUGUAGCUAGAGCACCAUUCCACCCGCUACUAUGCCGAGUACUUGCUGCGGGUGCGUUCCGGUCGAAACGGCAAUG